AGGCUUCACGAUGGUCGACAUCUCUAUGGAAAGCGACCUCACCUUUCUAUGCUUGCCUACCAAGGUCACUGACGUGGGCUACACAAUGGGUCUUACCAAAGGUCCUGCCACCCAGGUCUAUAGCAUGAAGGCCAACUUUAUCGGCUUUCGCCCGGGCGACAGGCGUGUGCAGACCGGAAGGUACUCCUUUGCUGAAGGCAGAAAGAAAACAGACCCAAAUGGCAAGAGGGCGUUUAUGCCGAGCGAGAGCCAUACGCUCGAGGUGGAGUUUAAAGUCGCUUAUAAAACGACACCAAAGGUUGUCUGCGCCAUUGAUCACGUCCAGAGAUUCCUGAAGCUUUCGGUGCGAGCACGGGCGUGGGCCGAAAAUAUCACCCCGACCGGCUUUCGUCUCCGCCUGGCCACGUUUGACAACAGCGCAAUGAUCCAACUGGGCGUCUCGUGGCUGGCACACGACAGUACAGACGACACUAUACGCUCGGGAAACUUCAACUGCUCCGAUGACUUGCGCGACCUUCGCACCGAGAUUUCUGGCACAGCAACGUUUGAUCGGCCAUUCCCACAAAGACCGAGAGAACUAUUCGCGGCCUUUUCCCGAUUUGACGUCCCUCCCACAAAGCAGCUGCGCAUCAGCUGUGAGACACCGCUGUGGACGGAGCGCGACGUCCAAUACAAGCUACGGACAUGGAAAGAUGAGUCGGCAUUUUGUGGCCUUGAGGGCAUUUAUGUUGCCCUUCUAUAGUCUGCAUGUCCUUUCGUAAACAAUGCACCCUUUCGUAAACAAUGCACAGUCGAUGUCUUUGCCCGGGACUACUUUCUUCGUCUUCCCGGCCUUUGCAAGGAAGCGAAGAAGUGCGCGCGCAUCCUGCGGCUGGUGCGAAAGAGUGCUCUGAUAAGUGCGACCAUAGCCGACAAGUGAGGAGCUCGUUGAGUGCAGCUCAGGUCUGCCUUGCUUGCCUUGCUAGAAAGCAACCCGCCAUGACCAAGAUGGAGUGGUGAAAGCAGCACCGCGCAGUUGAGGCCUCGUCGAUGCUCAGCAGCGAAUCACAGUGGCUGAAUAGUGUUUCGACGCACGGGCCAAUCGAAAGGCAAACACAAUG